AUGGGAGCCCCGUGCCGCAGCCUUUCCGCGAUCCUGCUCCUGCUGCAGGUCUCACCGUGGCUCUGCCAGGAGCUGGAGCCGGAGCCCUGCAGUCCGGGCUUCAGUGCUGAGGUCUACACGUUCCUGGUGCCGGGGAGGCACCUGGAGAGAGGCCACCUCCUAGGCAGAGUGAAAUUUGAAGGGUGCACUGGUCGACCAAGGACAGUCUACUUUUCCGAGGACUCCCGAUUCAAAGUGGCUACAGAUGGUGUGAUCACGCUCAGUCGGCCUCUAAAGCUUCAUAAACUGGAAACCAGCUUUCUUGUCCAUGCCUGGGACUCUACUCACAGGAAGCUUUCCACAAGAGUGAUUCUGAAGUCUGUGGGGCACCACCAACACCGGCACCACCACCAUGACCCGAGCUCUGGAUCCCAGCCGAAAGUGCUCACAUUUCCCAGCUCUCACCAGGGUCACAGAAGACAGAAACGAGACUGGGUCAUCCCUCCCAUCAGCUGCCCGGAAAAUGAGAAAGGCCCGUUUCCUAAAAAGCUGGUUCAGAUCAAAUCCAACAGGGACAAAGAAACCACUGUUUACUAUAGCAUCACUGGCCAAGGGGCAGACAGACCCCCUGUUGGUGUGUUUGUAAUUGAGAGAGAAUCGGGCUGGCUGAAAGUGAGAGAGCCGCUGGAUAGAGAACAUAUUGCCAACUACACUCUCUAUUCCCACGCUGUGUCAUCAAAUGGGCAAGCAGUGGAGGACCCCAUGGAGAUUGUGAUCACAGUGACCGAUCAGAACGACAACAAGCCAGAGUUCAUCAAGGAGGUCUUUGAGGGAACUGUCGAAGAGGGCGCUCUUCCAGGAACCUCUGUGAUGCAGGUGUCAGCCACCGACGCAGACGAUGAUGUGAACACCUACAAUGCUGCCAUCGCCUACACCAUCGUCAGCCAAGAUCCUGAGCUGCCUCACCAAAACAUGUUCACUGUCAAUAGGGACACAGGGGUCAUCAGUGUGGUCACCUCCGGGCUGGACCGAGAGAACUAUCCUGUAUAUACCCUGGUGGUUCAAGCUGCUGACCUUCAGGGCGAAGGCUUAAGUACAACAGCAAAAGCCGUGAUCACUGUCAUCGAUAUUAACGACAAUGCUCCCAUCUUCAACCCCAGCACGUACGUGGGUCAAGUGCCUGAGAACGAGGCCAAUGCUUAUAUCACCACCCUCAAAGUAACUGACGCCGAUGCCCCCCAUACCCCAGCGUGGGAGGCCGUGUACACCAUAAUCAAUGAUCCUGAACAACAGUUUGUUGUCAUCACAGACCCCACAACCAAUGAUGGCAUUCUGAAAACAGCCAAGGGCUUGGAUUUUGAGGCCAAGCAGCAGUACGUUCUACAUGUGACAGUGGCGAACGUGGCCCCCUUUGAGGGGGCUGUUGUCCCUUCCACAGCCACCGUCACAGUAGAUGUGCUCGAUCUGAAUGAAGCCCCCAUCUUUGUGCCUGCCGAGAAGAGAUUGGAGGUGUCUGAAGACUUCGGUGUGGGUCAGGAAAUCACAUCCUAUACUGCCCGGGAGCCAGACAUAUUCAUGGAACAGAAGAUUACGUAUCGGAUUUGGAGGGACACUGCCAACUGGCUGGAGAUUAACCCAGAGACGGGUGCCAUUUCCACUCGGGCUGAGAUGGACAGAGAAAACACGGAGCACGUGAAGAACAGCACGUACACCGCUCUCAUCAUUGCCACAGAUGACGGUUCGCCAAUUGCCACCGGCACGGGGACUCUUCUAUUGGUCCUAUUGGACGUCAAUGACAAUGCUCCCAUCCCAGAACCUCGAAACAUGCAGUUCUGCCAGAGGAACCCACAGCCCCAUGUCAUCAACAUCAUCGAUCCAGACCUUCCCCCUAAUACAUCCCCCUUUACCGCUGAACUAACCCACGGGGCCAGUGUCAACUGGACCAUCGAAUACAGCGACCCAGCCCAAGAAUCUCUCAUCUUGAAGCCAAAGAAGGCCUUAGAAUUGGGAGACUACAAAAUCAAUCUCAAGCUCAUGGAUAACCAGAACAAAGACCAGGUGACCACGCUGGACAUCGUUGUGUGUGACUGUGAAGGGACUGUCAACAACUGCAUGAGGUCGGGUUACGUGGAAGCAGGGCUGCAAGUCCCUGCCAUCCUAGGAAUUCUUGGAGGGAUCCUGGCUUUGCUGAUCCUGAUCCUGCUGCUCUUGCUGUUUUUACGGAGGAGAACGGUGGUCAAAGAGCCCCUGCUGCCCCCAGACGAUGACACCCGGGACAAUGUGUAUUACUAUGAUGAAGAAGGAGGUGGAGAAGAGGACCAGGAUUUCGAUUUGAGCCAGUUGCACAGGGGCCUGGAUGCCCGACCUGAAGUGACUCGAAAUGAUGUGGCUCCCACCCUCCUGAGUGUGCCCCAGUAUCGUCCCCGCCCAGCCAAUCCUGAUGAAAUCGGGAACUUUAUCGAUGAAAAUCUGAAGGCAGCCGACAGCGACCCCACAGCGCCCCCGUACGACUCUCUGUUGGUGUUUGACUAUGAAGGGAGUGGGUCCGAAGCCGCCAGCCUGAGCUCACUUAACUCCUCCGAGUCGGAUCAGGACCAGGACUACGACUAUCUGAACGAGUGGGGCAACCGUUUCAAGAAGUUGGCUGACAUGUAUGGCGGCGGCGAGGAUGACUAGAGAGCAGAGAGGAGCCCCUGGGGGAGC